GAGGACACAUCGCCGCUGUUCGUUGUACACAGCCUACGCGAGCGUGGGAGCUCAUUCUCUCUCUCUCUCUCUCUCAUUCUUCUUCAUCUUUACAAUCAGCUGAAUCGCCGAUAAAUCACAGCUCGUCUGCAACAUUUAAUCGAAUCAUGGCUCCCAUCAGGGGCAUUCUCACUUUGCAAAGGAUGGCUUUGGCUCAGCGUCACUGUGAGAAGUGGGCACUGAGCAGUAGAUUAUUCAGUACUCAAGCUGCAUCAAAUGCUACUACUCCUCAACCUCAACCUCCACCUCCUCCGCCACCUCCUGAGAAAACCCACUUUGGUGGCCUGAAAGAUGAAGAUCGCAUUUUCACCAACAUAUAUGGGUUGCAUGAUCCCUUUCUCAAAGGUGCCAUGAAACGGGGUGACUGGUAUAGAACUAAAGAUUUAGUACUUAAGGGUGCCGAUUGGAUUGUCAAUGAAAUGAAGAAGUCUGGCCUCCGUGGCCGUGGUGGUGCUGGUUUUCCAUCUGGUCUCAAAUGGUCCUUCAUGCCUAAAGUAUCUGAUGGCCGUCCGUCCUAUCUUGUUGUCAAUGCUGAUGAAAGUGAACCUGGAACCUGUAAAGAUAGGGAAAUAAUGCGGCAUGAUCCUCACAAAUUAUUAGAGGGCUGCCUGAUUGCUGGUGUGGGAAUGAGGGCUACUGCUGCAUAUAUCUACAUUAGGGGUGAAUAUGUGAAUGAACGCCACAACCUUGAGAAGGCUAGGAAAGAAGCUUAUGCAGCAGGACUGCUGGGAAAAAAUGCAUGCGGAUCUGGUUAUGAUUUUGAUGUCCAUAUCCACUAUGGUGCUGGUGCUUAUAUAUGCGGUGAAGAGACAGCACUGCUGGAGAGCCUUGAAGGGAAGCAAGGGAAACCGCGAUUGAAACCUCCUUUUCCAGCUAAUGCAGGGCUAUACGGUUGUCCUACAACUGUUACAAAUGUGGAAACAGUGGCUGUUUCUCCUACUAUCUUAAGGCGUGGGCCAGAUUGGUUUGCUAGUUUUGGCAGGAAGAACAAUUCUGGAACAAAACUAUUUUGUGUGUCAGGUCAUGUGAACAAGCCUUGCACGGUUGAAGAGGAGAUGAGUAUACCAUUAAAGGAGCUGUUAGAGAGGCACUGUGGGGGCGUUAGAGGUGGAUGGGACAAUUUACUCGCUGUAAUACCAGGUGGCUCGUCCGUUCCACUGCUUCCAAAGCAUAUAUGUGAUGAUGUGCUAAUGGACUAUGAUGCACUCAAGGCUGUCACGUCAGGGUUGGGGACUGCAGCUGUCAUUGUGAUGGAUAAGUCAACUGAUGUUGUGGAUGCAAUUGCAAGGCUCUCUUACUUCUACAAGCAUGAGAGUUGUGGUCAGUGUACGCCUUGCAGGGAGGGUACAGGAUGGCUUUGGAUGGUCAUGGAACGAUUGAAAGUUGGAAAUGCAAAAUUGGAGGAGAUUGAUAUGCUUCAGGAGAUAACGAAGCAGAUCGAAGGGCACACAAUCUGUGCCCUGGGUGAUGCUGCUGCUUGGCCGGUCCAGGGUCUUAUUAGGCACUUCAGGCCGGAGCUUGAGAGGAGGAUUAGGGAUCGUGCAGAGAGGGAGUUACUGGAGGUUGCUGCUGCUUGAGUUUUCUAUGCAGGGAAAUCUCUUUGCUGCUGGAUAUUGUGGAAUAAAUAUGCUUAAAGCACUCCAAACAUUAGGAGGAGAGUUGACGAGGCAGCUACUAUCCUAAUGAAUUGCAUGUUUAUUAUUGUUGCUUGUAUUCAUCUGACUGCAUUGAAGAAACUGUGAUUCCUGUUUUUUUUUCUUUUCAAAAGCGUCUAAAGCCAGGAUAAUUUAUAUUUUUUUCUUGCUCCAAAGACAUUACUGUCGUGUUUUCGGCAGUUUUGAGGCACUUUGUUUUGUGUAUCUUUGUUUCACAAUAAAAUAGAAAUGCCAUGUCGCAGGCUUUUUUAGAGAAA